CCCGUUAUUUGAUUUCUUAUGGCCUUGUUUUCACUUUUUUGUCUGUAAUUUCGUUUUCUUAUCUGCAUAUCUCUGAAAACCCCUCCUCCAUGCCCGAUAAAAUUGCCACCGAUCCAGGUGCCAAAGUUGUUGAGAACCUAGUUGAUCGGAUUUUGAAUUUUAUUUUAAAUCCAAUCACUGCUCGAAUCACUGUUGUGCGCAAGUGCAACGAGAAUGUUGAGAAUCUGAAGAGCGAAAUUGAGAGGCUGAAGGAUGAAAAGAAGCUGGUGGAGAACUAUAAGGCUGAUGUUGGCAGAAAAGGAGAAGUGAUUGAUGACACGGUGCAGACUUGGCUGACUAAAGCAGAAGAAUUCAUUGAAGCGGCAGAGGAACGUGUAGGAGUUGGUGAUGAAUUUGCCAAGAAGGAGUGUUUCUUUCGGCUGUGUCCCAAUUCCAUUCCUCGUUACAAGCUCAGCAAGGAAGCAGAGAAGAGUUCCAGUGAUAUUGUUCGACAUCUGGAACAAGCUCGUGGAUUCGGCCCCCUACCACUUUCCCACGCUCCUCCUCCACAACGGGUCGUGGCGAGUGUUUCCUAUGCUCCACCUUCACAACAAGACGUGGCAGCACUUGUGGAAGGUUUUGAGGAGUUCCGCUCUAGAAUGGAUGUUUUGAAGCAGAUUAUGGAGGCAGUAAGAAAUCCAAUCGUCAACAAGAUCGGAGUGUAUGGGACUUCUGGCGUGGGGAAGACGAUGCUUGUAAAAAUGGUUAAAGGAAAAGCCAAGCAAGAUAGCUUGUUUACCGUGGUAGUUAUGGCCACAGUGACAAAGGAUCGGGACUUGAAAAGUAUUCAAGAAGACAUCGCACGCGACUUGGGUAUGGAUCGGAUUUCUUUCAGAGAGGAUACAGAUCGACAAGUCGCAGAUUUAAUAAAGGCAAAGCUGAUGGAAGAGCGGAAAUUUCUUGUUAUUUUGGAUGAUGUAUGGGAUACUGAAAUAGAUUUCAAGAAAUUCGGGAUCCCUUCUGCAAGUGAGAUGAAGCAGGCUAUGGAGAAAAAGAGGGAAGAAAGCUCAUCUCGACAAGAAGAUAUGCUCUGCAAGAUUCUUCUAACCUCUAGAUUUCACAAUGUUCUCUCUGGUAUGAUGGGUGAGAAAGAUCAGGUCUUUGAGGUACAUAAAUUACGAGAUGAUGAAGCAUGGCAUCUAUUCAAGAAGGUUGUUGGUAGCAAUGUUGAAAGCUCUAAUUUUCAACCGACAGCUAAAAAGAUAGUUGAGAAAUGUAUCGGGUUGCCCGUUGCUAUUGUAUCUGUUGGAGAGGCCAUGAAAGGGAAGGCUCAACAAUUUGAGUGGGACGAUGCUCUUGCAGAAUUAAAAAGGCCUUCUUCAGACGGGAUAUCUGCAGCUGUUUAUAAGCCCAUAGAGUUGAAUUACAAUAACUUGAAAGAAGGAAAGCUCAAGCAAAUAUUCAUUCUUUGUAGUUUGUUGAGCCGUAACUCUUCAAUCGACGACUUGUUAAAAUGUGGCAUGGGCUUGGAUUUAUUUCAGGUGAACACAAUAGAAGAGACAAGAGCCAAAGUACUAAGAUUGGUUAGUCAUCUCAAAAGGUCAUCUUUGUUAGUUGAUGGUAACAGCAGUUUGCAGUUUGAUUUGCACGAUCAGAUUCGAGAGGUUGCCUUGUCAAUUGCUUUUAGAGACCGCAUUGGGUUAGCUUUAGUAGAUGAUGUUGCAAGGAGAAAGUUGCAAGAUAGGAAGGCAUUAGAAAAAUUGAAGUGGAUUUCUUUGUCAAAUGGUGAUAUUGAGCUUCCAGCCAAUGGGUUGCAAUGUCCACAGCUCACUUUCUUUAAUUUGUCUAACAAGGCUCAGUCUCAAGCAGUUCCAUUAGAGUUUUUUAGAGAAGCAGAUGGACUCGAAGUCUUGUGUUUGACUAAAAUUGACUUUAAGUCAACGCCUUCGUCAAUUCCCUUUAUCCCAAUGAACCUUCAUUCUUUACUUCUGGAUCAAUGUGUGUUUAAAGUCGAAGACCUUGGAGCCAUUGUGGGGAAUUUGGAGAAUUUAGAGGUCCUUAGCCUUGCAGGAUGUUAUAUUGAACAGUUGCCAAGAGAAAUGGAGAAGCUAACCAAGCUAAAGUUGUUAGAUGUGAGUGACUGCACCAAUCUGAAACUAAUUCCACGACAAGUCUUGGCAAGAUUGUCUAAAUUGGAAGAGCUAAAAAUGGGAAACAGCUUUGACCAAUGGGAUGGUGUGGAGGGAGGAAAUGCUGGGCUUGCUGAGUUAGCAGAGUUGCGUAUGCUCACAGCAUUAGAGGUACGCAUUCCUAAUUUCCAAGAAACUUUGUUCCUUGAAAAUUUGGAAAGGUUCAAGAUUUUCAUAGGAAUAGUGAGCAAUCCUUGGCCCCGUUGGGACCCUAGGCACAAUUACUCUUGGCACAGUUACUCCUGGAGCAGCUCUUUUGAAAGCUCAAAAAUGAUGAAGCUAAAGCUGAAGGGUGCAAGCAUUAAAUCUAAUGACUCAGUUAAGAAGUUGUUGAAGAAGACAGAAGAACUGUAUCUAGAGGGAUUAAAUGGUGUCGAGAGUUUACUUGAGGAGUUAGAUGAUGAAGGUUUUCAACAUCUGAAGUGUCUCCAUGUCCAAAAUGCUCCAGACAUUCGACACAUCUUUAACCCAGCAGGGAGGUUGCUUCCUUCCCGUGCAUUUCCCAUCUUGGAGGUAUUGACUCUUUUUAAUUUGGAAAAUAUGGAGAAGAUAUGUCAUGGUCUGACUGGAGCAGCACCUUUUAAAGUAUUAAGAAAGAUAACUGUUUAUGGUUGUCAUCAAUCGAAGAAUCUGUUCUCCUUCUCCAUGGCCGGACAGCUUCCACUUCAAGAAAUAACAGUAAGAGAUUGCAGCAACAUUGAAGAGAUUAUUGAUGACGUGGAGGAGCAAGGCAACGGAAAUGAUAUCGUUGAAGAAAGUGAAGUAUGUAAGCUUGGUGGCAGUCUGCGGUCCUUAACAUUAGAUAAUCUGCCAAAACUGAUUAGCUUCUUCAACAGUGGUAAUUGCAGCGGCAUCUCACUUUUCAACGAUAAGGUUCAAUAGCAAUCCAAUAGUUUUUAGCGUUUUACAUUUUUAUAAAAUUUUGCUUGUUUU